GAGCUUGUUGAGGCUGGCAGGGUGAGUGCCCGUGGGAGUUGCACAGACCAGAGCUCCAGGGCAGGGCAUGAGUUCCAGGACCGCCCCGCGGCUGAUGACGCUCCAGAGACACCUAGGCUGGCCGCAAGCAGGCAACAUGGCUACGGAGAGCAGUCCCCUGACUACUCACGUACUAGACACUGCCGCAGGGCUCCCUGCCCAAGGCCUCUGCCUCCGUCUGUCCCGCCUGGAGGCCCCCAGCCAGCAGUGGAUGGAGCUGAGGACAAGCUACACAAACCUGGAUGGUAGAUGUCCUGGGCUCCUGACACCAAGCCAGAUAAAGCCAGGCACCUAUAAGCUGUUCUUCGAUACAGAGCGUUACUGGAAAGAGCGGGGUCAAGAGAGCUUUUACCCAUAUGUAGAGGUUGUUUUCACUAUUACAAAGGAGAGCCAGAAGUUCCACGUGCCUCUGCUGCUGAGCCCAUGGUCCUACACCACCUACCGGGGGAGUUAACUCGGUGUUACCUGAAGAAAGCCAUCUAUAUGCCUGUUUCUUUCCAAGACUUAGCCACCCACACAAAUCAUGGGCUUUGUCCUCAUCAAAGGACAUGAAGUUGCUGCUUGCUGAAGAGAUUCUAGCUGCUCUGGAGUUUUAUAGUGGGAAGCUGUGACUUGGGUGUCAAUAAAGAGAGUUCCAACACCUGCAAA